GAACUCCGCUUCCUCUCGGAACCACAACAGAUUCACAGACUCAGAGUCAGAGGCACAAGAAUGUCACAUGACAGGUAUGUGUAGUAGCUCGCUCUCGUCAGCUAUGCAAUUGUGAUCAUGGCGGAUCCGGAAGGAGAGUCACUGGAGUCAUGGCUAAACAAAGCCACCAAUCCUUCCAACAGACAGGAGGAGUGGGAGUACAUCAUUGGAUUCUGUGACCAAAUCAAUAAGGAACUUGAAGGCCCACAGAUAUCGGUCAGAUUAUUAGCACAUAAAAUUCAGUCACCCCAAGAAUGGGAGUCAUUACAAACACUUACUGUUUUAGAAGCCUGCAUGAAGAAUUGUGGGAGAAGGUUUCAUAAUGAAGUUGGAAAAUUUAGAUUUUUAAAUGAACUCAUUAAAGUAGUUUCACCUAAGUAUUUGGGAGACAGAGUGUCUGAACGAGUGAAGACCAAAGUAAUAGAGUUGCUCUACAGCUGGUCAGUUGCUUUACCAGAUGAGGCAAAGAUCACAGAGGCCUAUCAGAUGCUAAAGAAGCAAGGUAUUGUAACAGAAGACCCAGAGGUUCCUGUGGACAAGACCCUUGUUCCCUCGCCAAAGCCCAAGAAUCCAGUGUUUGACAAUGAGGAAAAGAGUAAGCGUCUUGCAGAACUUCUUAAGAGUAAAAAGCCUGAGGAUCUUCAAGAAGCCAACCGCAUUAUCAAGAACAUGGUCAAAGAGGAUGAGGCUAUACAGCAGAAAGCUUCCCAUCGUGCCAACACCCUAGAGGAGGUGAACAACAGUGUGAAGCUCCUUAAUGAGAUGCUAAGACAUUUCAAAAAAGAUGAGUCGACACAAGCAGACAAAGAACUUCUAACGGAUCUUUAUAAUGACUGUGACAAACUUCGAACUGCUGUCUUCAGACUCGCCACCGAGACAGAGGAUGAUGACAGUGCCUUAGGUGAUAUUUUGCACGCUAGUGAUGAUCUCUCACGGGUAAUCAACUCCUAUAAAAAGAUUGUUGAAGGACAGACCAUUGUGAUUGACAUGCCAGGGUUAACGGCCUCAAAAUACACCAAUGAUGGAAGCUCAUCUGAGAUUUUGAUUGAUUUGGCUGAUUUGGACUCUGGGUCCCCUUCACCCCUCAAACAUGUUUUGACUCCACCUCAGCACUCCGAUUCCAUUCCUGCUGACCUCCUCACACUUACAUCUAUAAUUGGAGCUCAGCCUUCCUCUUCCAACACGUCUUCUGGAUCGUCAAGUUUCCAAAUCAGUCCUCCAUCAAGCCAGCUUCCCAGCAGUCUUUCUCUUCUGGAUGAAGAACUUGGUUCAUUAGGCCUUGGUAGUGUGGACUCAAACUCAAAGAAGUCAGCAGAGAGGAAUACAAAAGAAGCUCAAAGCAAUCAGUGGAUUUCUUCACAAACUUCUAAACCAGUGAUUGACCUGCUCUGCAGCUCUGCUCCAUUAAAUCCUCUAAUCUCAACAGCGCCACCUACCUCUGAAGCUACCUCAGUUACAGGCUUUGAAAACUCCCUUCAGCAGAGCAGUAAAGAUUUUGCCAUGUUGGACCUGGACAAGGCUAAUAGCCAGUCCAAAUAUUCAAGCUCGGGCAGCAGAGAACUUAGAGCUUGGGAAGAGAACAUUCAUCCUGCAUUACCCACAUUCAGUUUUCCCGCUGGAAUAACACCAGUGCCUUCUGCUGUAACCUCUGCCAAACCUCAGAGCUUCGCCCCAGACAGCCCUCUCUUCAGAUCCCUCUCUCCAACAUUACCCACCAGUCAGUCACCCUCAGGCUCGGACAUCUCCCUAAACAGUGUCUUUGUCCCACUGGAGGCCAUUAAACCAAGUAAGGAGUGUCCAGUUACAGCCUACGAUAAGGAUGGUGUUCGUGUGUUGUUGCACUUUGCUACUGACCAUCCACCUGGUCGUCCUGAUGUUCUGGUGAUUGUCGUGUCCAUGUUAAAUACAGCACCACUGUUAGUGAGGAAUGUAGUGCUUCAGGCAGCUGUGCCAAAGUCUAUGAGAGUGAAGCUGCAGCCCCCUUCUGGAACAGAAAUGGUCCCCUUUAACCCCUUCAUGCCCCCCAGUUCUAUCACACAGAUCAUGCUGCUGGCUAACCCACUGAAGGAGAAAGUGAGAAUGAGGUACAAGUUGACAUUCAUCCUUGGAGAUCGACAGGUCACAGAGUCCGGUGAGAUAGACAAGUUCCCUCCAGUGGAAAGAUGGGGUCAUUUAUAGCUGUGUAAGCAUUAUUACUGCUUAAGAGAAAUGGAAAACAUGGUGUGUAAGUGCAUCAGUGAGCCCUCGACGGUGUCUCAAAGAUAUGUUAUGUCCAGGACCAGGCCUUACCUUUGACACACUGGAUGUUAAAUGUAUAAAUCCCAAUCUCUGAGUAACCACAGAUGUCUUGAUGUGCUGGUCUUGGUCAUUAGUUACUGUUGUCAUUAACAUAAGCGUAUUGCUUAUAGUAAUGGGUCAUUUUAUUGUUAGCCACCACUUGACAAUUCAGCUCAUACAGAUCACUGGACAUGUUACGAUUUUAAUAUCUUUCAAUCUCUGUUCUGUGAUGUGAUGCACCAGUUCUGUUAGUGCUUAUGUGAAUUUUAUUGAUGUUAUUUCUGAGUUUUACAUAUUUAUUUCUAUUUAUCAGAUUCUUGGUGUUUGACAUGGCUGGCCUCACUGGUUUAAAGUCAAGUUUACUUUGUUUUACGUCAUUUAGCAGAAACUCAAUAGAUAGCAGUAAUUCACACAGGAAAGUGUGUGUGGGGGAAGAAAAAAAAAUGGUGCAAAGCAUUCUUUGACUUCUGUGUUUUUGGAUGUAAAAUUUCACUCUUUCUUUCUUUUUCUUUUUUUUUUUUUUACACAACUGGAAGGAACUCUACCUGUAUAUAGAGUUGUCCAAUUUUCUUUCUUGGUGUGUGUGUGUGUGUAUAUAAUUGGACAGGAGGCUGGUUUUGAUGUGUAAAAAGACAAACUUUACAUUUUGGGGAUAUUACAGAUGCCAUUAUUUAUAUUAUAAAAUUAGAUUUUUUAAAUGAUUUGUUUGCAGUAUGGACUUAUGGAAGUAAUGGAAGCCUUUUUGUAUGGCUUUUGUUUUGUUUUACAGCAGAUGCCUCAGUAUUAUUUUGUUGUACUGGAUGUGUCCAGCAGUGUAUUCUACUUAAUGAUAUUCAAAUACAAUUAUUAAUUUGACUUGUAAAUUAUUUUGAAGAAGAGCUUCACAAAUCUUCCAAUGAUGAUACUGUUCUUUUUAGAUUCUUAGUAAAAAUCUAGAAUUUAACAUUAUGUAUACUGUUUUAAAGACAAAUAAAUAUACUGUUUUGAACAAUGUGGCAUAUGUUUAUCACUAUUGGUUGUUGUUGGUGUUGUCAAAUUAUUCACACCAAACUUUGCAGCUAAAAUGCAGCUGGGGAUAUUACUUAUUUUAUUAAGCAAUAAAACCAAGGGGAGGAUGGGGAUCAGUAAUGGGACUCCGGAAGUUGACCCUUUUAAAUGUCGUCAUGUCCGGCGGCAUUACGCGCGUUCUUGUGAGGCAGAGGCAGUGGCAGUCAUGGCAGACGAGAAGCCAAAGGAGGGUGUGAAAACAGAGAAUGACCACAUAAAUCUGAAAGUAGCUGGGCAGGAUGGCUCAGUGGUUCAGUUCAAAAUCAAGAGGCACACACCCCUCAACAAACUGAUGAAAGCAUAUUGUGAGAGACAGGGGCUAACAAUGCGUCAGAUUCGGUUCCGGUUUGAUGGGCAGCCAAUUAAUGAGACUGACACACCAGCUCAGUUGGAAAUGGAGGAUGAGGAUACAAUUGAUGUAUUUCAGCAACAGACUGGGGGCCUGAUGUAAAUAACUACCUCUGCACUCCAUCAUCAUUGUCCUCCUCUCUGUGCCCUGCAUUUUUUUUUUUUUUUUUUUUUUUUAAUAUAAA